AUGCUUUCGUUCUACGCUCGCAAUGGCCGCGUCACCGAGGCCAGAGAGCUUUUCGAUCGAAUGCCCGCCAGGAAUGUGAGCUCCUGCAAUGCCAUGCUCGCUGCCUACGCUCACAAGAAAAUGGUGUCGCAAGCUCGCAAGUUCUUCCUCGAGGAAUUUGCGGAGACCAACGUUGUUUCAUGGAACACAAUGCUGGGGCUUUAUGCCCGCGCUGGGCAUCUCCAAAAUGGCAAGAAAAUGUUCGAUUCAAUGCUCGAAAGGGAUUUAGUGUCGUGGAACACGAUCGUUACUGCAUAUGCCCAGAGUGGUCAUGUUGUAGAAUCGAAGAAGCUCUUUGAUUCUAUGCCUGCAUGGGACAUUUUCUCGUGGAACGCCCUUAUAGUCGUUUAUGGGCAGUCAAAGGAGUUUAGAAAGGUGGCGGAUAGCUGUGCUGCCAUGCCCGAAUGGAAUGCUUCAUCGUGGUUAAGAAUGUUAACAGCGUAUGCCGCAAGUGGGCAUUUUGAAGAUGCAAAACGAGUUUUUGAUUCUAUGCCUGAGAAAUCUCUGGCGGCUUACACGAUUAUGCUAGAUGUUUACGCUUCCAGCGGUGAGAUCGACAAAGCUUUCUACCUGUUUAAUUCCAUUGAGGAGAAAGACACGGUUUCUUGGAACGCUAUGCUUACAGCAUUUGUCCAAAGCGGUGAUUUUGCGAAGGCGAAGGCUCUUUAUGAUUUCAUGCCUGAGCACAGCCUUGUCUCGUGUGCUGGAAUGUUACAUGCGUUUGCGAGCAGUGGAAAAGUUGACGAGGCAAAAUCCUUGUUUGAUAAGAUGCCACAGCAAAGCAUUGUUUCGUGGACGGCCAUGGUGGCGGCCUACGCUCAAAACGGGCAAAUCCCCAAAGCAAAAGCCUUGUUUGACAAGAUGCCGGUUUGGGAUGCCGUAGCUUGGAACAUCAUGCUUGAUGGAUAUGCACGAGUCGAUAAUACAAACGAGGCAAAGAAACUUUUUGACGAGAUGAAAGAAACAAAUCUGGUGUCCAGCAACACGAUGCUCACGGCGUACGCUCGGAGUGGCCGAGUCGAGGAAUGCAAGAGCUUGUUUGACGUGAUGAUCAAGAGAAACUUGGUUUCAUGGAACGCCAUGCUCGGUGCUUACGCCCAAAACGGGCUUGUCGAUGACUCAAAAUUGCUCUUUGAUGAAAUGCCAGCUUGGGACAUGGUUUCGUUGAACACUCUCUUGUCCGGCUAUGCCGAGAAUGGGCCUCUUACCGAUGCCAAAGAUUUCUUCUUCCGGAUGAUCCAAAAGGACGUUGUCUCCUGGAAUGUGAUGCUGUGGGCCUUCGCAAGGAAUGGGCUUUUGGACGGGGCCUUGAAAGUGUUGUUGGACGAGAUGCCGGAGACAAAUGUGGUGUCUUGGAAUUCGAUGCUUGCAACUCUCUCCCAGCGAGGAGGCCUGGGGAACGUCGUCAAGCUCUUCCAGAGAAUGGAGAUGGCGGGCAUGGAACCAAACGAGACCACUUUCCUGUGCAUUGUGCUGGGAUGCAACUACGCCGGAAGUGUUUUGGUGGCCCGGGACUUGGUUUGGUCGCUGAGGGGGGACUUCGGCAUGAAACCAUCCAAGGUUAUCUAUGGCUGCUUGGCCGACGUUUUCGCUCGAUCUGGCGAUGUAAGCAACGCACAGGAGCUUGUCAAGAGCAUGCCGUUUGUGAACGACGUCAUCAACUGGCAGAGCUUGCUCAGUUUCAGCCAGAUGAGUCCGAAAGGAGCACCUCUCAUGGCAAAGUUGGCUCUUGAGUCAGAUCCAAACCAUCCGGCACCUUAUGUAAUGCUUGCAAACAUUGUCUCGCACUCAAAACCUUUUAUGAACCAAAUUAUUUAG